AUGCCAUAUAAUAUUGCUAUGGUCAGUGACUUCUUCUUCCCCCAGUCAGGGGGGAUCGAGAGUCACAUCUACCAGUUGUCCUCUAAACUGAUCGAUCGCGGACACAAAGUCAUUAUCAUCACUCAUGCAUACAAGGGCCGAACUGGGGUCCGAUACCUUACCAAUGGACUCAAGAUCUACCACGUUCCUUUCUUCGUCAUCUACCGCGAAACCACCUUCCCAACCGUAUUUUCUUUUUUCCCCAUAUUCCGAAAUAUUGUCAUUCGGGAACAAAUUGAAAUCGUUCAUGGUCAUGCGAGUCUUAGUAGCUUCUGUGGCGAAGCUAUCCUCCAUGCGCGUACCAUGGGCCUUCGCACUGUCUUUACCGAUCACUCUCUCUUUGGAUUCGCCGACGCUGCCUCAAUCCUGACAAACAAACUUCUCAAAUUUACAUUAAGUGAUGUUGAUCAUGCAAUCUGCGUCAGCCAUACUUGUAAGGAGAACACCGUGCUCCGAGCCUCGUUAGAUCCCCUAAUGGUUUCCGUAAUUCCCAAUGCUGUCGUCGCAGAAAACUUCUGUCCCCUCUCAUCUACCUCUCGUGGGCCGGAUCAAAUGCCACUAUCUCCAGCGGACCCACAACCGUCACCAACGCCAAUCGGACCCAAUGACACAAUCACAAUCGUUGUGAUUUCUCGUCUUUUUUACAAUAAGGGUACGGAUCUCUUGAUCGCUGCGAUCCCACGGAUCUUGGCCUUGAAUCCAAACACCCGGUUUAUCAUUGCUGGCUCGGGACCUAAAGCUAUCGAUCUGGAGCAAAUGCUGGAGCGGAAUGUCCUACAGGAUAAGGUUGAGAUGCUUGGCUCGGUGCGACAUGAGGAAGUGAGAGAUGUCAUGGUUCGAGGACACAUUUACCUCCACCCAAGCUUGACGGAGGCGUUCGGAACAGUCAUUGUUGAAGCCGCAAGUUGUGGGUUGUACGUCGUUUGCACCCGAGUGGGAGGUAUCCCCGAGGUUCUUCCCCAACAUAUGACCACUUUUGCCAAACCCGAGGAGGACGAUUUGGUGGUUGCAACCAGCAAAGCAAUCACUGCUCUGCGAUCGAACAAAGUAAGAACGGACCGAUUUCACGAUCAAGUGAAGAUGAUGUAUUCAUGGCGGGAUGUUGCCGAACGUACCGAACGAGUUUACGAAGGCAUCACGGGUGAUAUCAGCCCUGAGGAAUUUUAUGGCUACUAUCCAGGCCAAGGGUGGGAAGCUAGCGGUGACCGAGUACGCAGCUUUGCCCUCAUUGAUCGACUUAAACGAUAUUACGGCUGCGGUGUCUGGGCAGGCAAACUGUUUUGUCUCUGUGUUGUGAUUGAUUUUCUGAUCUAUGUUUUCCUGGAGAUGUGGUUUCCUCGGGCAAAUAUCGAUAUUGCCAGAAGUUGGCCGAGGAAGCAACCAGAAGGAAAGGCCCGUCCAUCUACUACGGCCCGGAGACAUGGAUGA